GUCUCCCAGACCACUGAUCUGGCAUCCCAUUCACAAUGUUCUUCAUCUGGACGCUGCAUAUGAACGUGUUUGCUCUGCUGGUCAGGACCACCGCAGCUGACCAAUGCCCACUUCACGAUGUCAAACCUGGGACUGUCUCUCCCGUGAUGGAUUCUUUGCAGUGCCACAAUGACUAUGUGACCCAUGUGCAAUGCACGUGGGAAGAAGAUCCACUCAUUCAUUCACAAGCCGCAGAAAACUCCUCACUCCUUUACUGGGAUACUGAUGUAAAAACACUUUGUGUUUCUCUCGGACCUGGUGUUGUUUUAUCCAAUGGGAAGAUCUCUCACAGCUGUCGCUACAACACUGGGAGGUUUAGCCUUGCAACCGAUCACAAAGUCUACUUCAAUGUAACCUGUAAGUCAAGAGGACUAUCUCUCAGUGUAGCCCAGCACGGAAAAGUUCUGGCCCCGAUUGACUUGACUGAGAAAAUGGCUAAUGGCGCAGGUCAUGUGGUGUCAUGGAGAAGCCCGUAUCCUGCAUCCUCAAAUAUUACACCAACGCUCACGUAUCAGCUUCAGUACCGCAUAUCUGGCCAAGACUGGACUGUUGUGUAUAAUGGCAGUAACAACGAGUAUAUAAUCGACAAGCAACCGUUGCCAGGUUACAUUUACCAAGCCAGAGUGAGGGCCCGGGGUCCUUUAGGAAUGUGGAGCAACUGGAGCCCACUGGUGUCCUGGAGAUCCCAAGAUGAUGAAGUCUUUAAUCUGCAGUGUGAGAUAAAAGGAGAAACGGACGUGACGUGCAGCUGGCAGAUGAAGACAGUCAACUUUCAAUUCAUAUCUUAUCAUCUGUGGUGCAGUCACAAUGAUAACACUCUAGUCCCCAAGCCAUCAAAGUGUUGUCCAAAUCCUCUGCUAAAGCCGAAAGAUGCUGGGAUAACGGAGUUUAUUUGUUCUGUAAAGACACCUGACCCUUACCUGUUAACAGUUGAGCUGAGACCCGUGUACAACUCAAAAACAUUCAGCACUUCACAAAACGUUCACCCUCCACAACCCGACCCCGUGCAGGUGAAAGUGAGAGAUGGUGUUUUCAGUCUGAGCUGGAUUAUAGAUUGGUCUGCUGACAUAGAAUUCUUCGUCCAGCUGAAAAUCUCAAACAGUGAGACAUCAGUGCUCUAUAAUCUAACUGGAAAUGAAGGGUUUGAGAUUCCAUCAAGCUCUCUAGAUCCUUCAACUCAUUAUGAGGCUCAGAUCAGAUUAGUGCUUUCAUCUAAAGAUAGUCCCUACAGUGGUCGGCCAUCUGAAUGGUCACAGCCAAAAGGGUUUACCACAGGUCCAGCUUCUGGGUCUGUUACCACCAUUAUCUACAUAUUGAUUGGUCUAUUCGUGGCUGUGAUCUUCAUUGUUUUGUACAACGCCCUUCCAGUCUUUCACAGAAAGAUUGAAUUAUGGAAGGGAUCAAUUCCAUCACCCAUACACAGCAAAGUGAUGGAGGGAAUUAUCAAGUCCUCCUCUGGAUGGCCAUAUCUCCAAAGCGAGAAAGAGAAGACCUCAAUGUGUGUCAUACAGGCAACAGACAAUAUCAGCAUCUGCAAAAGCAGUGUCUCUGGGGAUCCACUUUUGUUUUACAAUGAGGACGUGAUUUCCAAUGCUACCCUUAAAAAAGGAUGGCCAGAUGAAAUGAGCAAUGCACACUCCUAUGUGGGCGAGAGCAUGUACCCGGACCAUUCAGGAAUAAGCUUCAGCGGACCCUAUAUUCUGUGCUGUGAGGAUUCCUGCGAUCAGGAGGAAAUCAUCGAUGUGUCUUCCGAUGAAAGUCACAGGUGCAUGUGUGGAACCGCUAACAAUUCUGGUGCAAUAAAUGGAGGCUAUGUCAUGACUCCUCCCACCGCCAUGUCAGUAACUCGAGACCCCACCCAUGUCGACAGCUCGACCAAUAAUCCAACAGAUGAACCCCCUGCAUACACCCCCAGAUUAGAUCAGGGGGGUAUUGUCCACCCUCAUCCUUCAGGUUAUUUCAUGAUGCCGUGUGUUGGCAUGAUCCAAUCAGAGCCAAAGGGAUAUGUGGCGCUGUCACAGCCUGGAACGUAACAAUGACUUUUGGUUUGCAAAAAAUCUUAAACUUUUAAUAAGAGGAGCCCAAUGACCCAACUGAAGAUGAGGGCUUGGAAGUGGCAUGAUAUUGAGCAAAACAGGUUCAGAUGUUUGCUUUAUCCAAACUGUCACUUUAUUUCGAUACAGAUCAAAUGUAAUGAAUAUGGUUAAAGUCGCCAUGAAACUGAAGUAGCGUUGUCCCAUUUCUUUCCCGUGGUGACGUAUAUCCGGGUGACAUGGCUUCUGAAAUGUAAAAAAAAAUGUAGAGCUGGGGCAUGUUCAAUCUCACACCGGUGCGCAACGUUUUGCUACGGUUUCCGGGUUGAACGACAUGUUUCCUUGAAACGGUGUGCAACGGAAUCCAACAGGUUUUAGAAGCGUUUUCUGUUGUUUGGUGGGUGUGUCAGAAAUGUCGGUCCAAUCAGCGGCAAGAUGUAUAAAACCACGCGAUAGUAAAGAGACAGCUCCCUCAAUGGGUUCAAGUUGGAAUGUUGUCUUUCAUUCUGGACGGCAAGGUCAGUGACUGUAACAUCGAGGGUAUUUUACAGUAUUAAACACACAUUUAUAACGAUUUCAUCAGGCUUCAGAAACAUUUAAAAAAGAACACAAAGAAUGGCCUCUCAGCUACCGUAGUUGCAACUCUUGCGUCAUCACAACAGGGUGUUCAAUGCAUCACCGUUUCAGUUUAAUAAACGUUGUGCAACGUUCUGUCGGGGCUGAACGCAGCCCUGGACUUGAAUUCGUCUUUUGAGAACUGAUUGGACAGUUGGAAGUUGGUUCAUGUUGCUAUUUGAUAAUUGCUGCAAUGUUUUCCCGGACCCCGCCCACCUGCUAUGACCGGAAGUUAAGAGAGAUCGUUUCGAGAUUUGCAUUUUUGAUUAAAGAUUUUGAGGACACAUGCAUGAAUUUUUUAAAAAUAAUGAAGCUCACUAACAAGUAAUUUGUAAAAAAAUACCACAAUAUUCCAAAACAAAUUACAGUUUUCAUUUCAAUUUCAUUGCGACUUUAAAGACUGGAUGGACGCGCUAAUAGAAGGACAUUUUACGAAGUGAAAGCUAUUAUGCUGUAACAAGGUCUGGCCAAUAGAUGACAGUGUUGCAUAAAGUGAAUGUUUAAGAAAUGCCAGUCAGUCCGCUGUAUACAGCUAGAGCUUUAUGGAGUAAUGCAUUAGUUGACUAAUGAAUGUAUUUUUUUUAAUAUUAUUUUUUGAAUUGUUGUGUUUUAUGUAUUUUGUAAAGCUGAUUUGCAAACUGUGAAAAGCGCAUAAUACAUGUAAAUUAAGCCGCAAAUAUCAAUGCAAUAUGGUAAAGUCUUACACUUUUUUUUUUUUUUUCUGCUUAAAAAACUGCUUAAAAUACGUAGAGACUCCAUUCAGUUUCAUUCAAUGGUGAUCUAUUUUAAGUUUUUAUAAACUUAAUAGUUUUGAGGAAAUUAAAGAUUACAGUUUUAUAUUUAGCAUUUUGGCUUACAUUUCUAGAAUCGGCUCAAAUGAGUGUUAUGACAACCAAAUCUAAAAUCCUCUUGCCUAAAACUUUAACACUACUUUAGUUUCUUUAGACAAUCAAUGAGAACAUCUAAGUGUACUUAUAUGUGCUAUUUUAAGACACCAUGAAUAUGAACUAAAAUGUGCUAUAAAAGUAUGUGUGUAUGUAUAUAUAUAUAUAUAUAUAUAUAUAUA